AUGGAUCUAAAUCUGGAUCAUGGAUCUCAUGUGUCUGGUGUGUCGCGAAGUGGUCGAGUUUGCAAGAAACCGUCCAAGUUGAUGGACUUUCAAUCGCCGGACGACAUCGAGGCGAAACAGAAAAAGCCCGUCCGUACCACGAUAAAGCUGUUCAACUCACAGGAUGCCGUGCACGGGCUGCUCGACGAGGCGCACACAGAAUCCGAUGGAUAUGGUGAAUCCGAUCCGAGCGGAAGCGAAUCCUUUAGUAGCGAUGAAGAGGAAGCGAUGGAACACGAAGAAGGGUUCGGGACACAGGAAGACGCGGAUAGAAGCGAGGGCGAACUAAUGAUUGAUGCUCCGUUCAAACUAGACCAUCAUCCGGCGGAGAAGCUGAAAAAGGGGUCAAAAAGUAAAGAGGACAAAACUCGCCGAAAGCAUUCUCGAAGUGACGGAAAUCGAACGAAGCGUCGGAAAGGGAAAAAGCGAACGAGAAGUAACUCGUACCGUAAGAAGGACAAGCUGGGAGUAUUCAAGCCUCCCGAUUAUCAGCCAACGGAUGUAGCGGCACAUCUAACCCUGCUCGGCGACAGUUUGAUGCUCAUCGGAGAACGCUUGAAGGAACAUGAAGGACAGAUUGCGGUGUCCGGCAGUUUAUCGGUGCUAUUGGACAGUUUGAUCUGCUCACUUGGCCCGCUGAUGUGUCUCACGCUGCAAAUACCAGGAAUGGAGCGGAACUCGGACCACUUGAGACACCUGUUUCAAAACACGCUGGACAACAUUGCCUACGUAAUGCCAGGCCUCUAGGUUACGGUUUUUCCGAGUUCGGAAGAGAAGAAUGUUUUGCAAUCAUACUUACCUAAGUGGGAGCUUUGAAAGUAUAGAGCUUAAGGCUCUUGUUUUACGUUAGAACCUUGUUAGAUUGUUUAUUUUUAUCAUAGUAUUUUUAACAUUGAAAUAUUGUUCAUCAAUAUUUGUUGUUUUAAUAUCUCAUGGCUUGUGUUCCUAAUAGUUUGAUCGUUCUUGUACAGUUUUCUUCGAAACUAAUUCCUAAUUCCUUCCAAGGUUCGUGGAGUGAUAAUGGACGAAUAACAUACAUGUAUACCGGAAACAUUAGCUGUAAUCGGAACAAUGUGAAGCUCACAGGAAUAUGCAAAUGGAAAUGGAAUCUUGAGAUAAUUAAAGUUUCAAGCUUUACAAAUAACUCAAAAAUGGUAAU